GGAAAAAAUGGUCCAAGUUACAAAAGAAUUGCAAGUGGUUCUCAAGUUUUAAUUACUUGGAAAGGGCUAUAGGAGAUGAACAAAGACUCAGACAGACUUUGAGCCUCGAGGAGAUGAUAAUAUGUGAUAGAGUGUAGUGAUAGUCCACUCUACCCCUGGGAUUAUUGGACAUCAUAUAUAUAUAUAUAUAUAUGACGUAAACUAGUAAUCCUCUUAUAAUAUCAAACUGUCCCUAAAACUUUGGAAGAUUUGCAUUUUGAAGAAGCCAUGGAAGAGAUCAGCAAGCUUCCCAAAUGUUGUGGUUUAAAGAUCAUCUUCUUAACUUGUAUUAUGUUCUUGAACAGUACUGCCAAAUCAGAAGUUUAUACAGUGGGUGAUGCAGACCAGUGGAGCACUGGAAUUAGCUAUCUUUCAUGGUCACAGAAAUACAAUUUCACUGUUGGAGACGUCCUCGUUUUCAAAUAUGUAAAGGGGCAACACAAUGUAUUCCAAGUAAGGGAGCCAACAUAUCAAUCAUGCAAUACAAGCACUGGAGUGUGGGCUAGAUAUGAAAGUGGGAAUGAUCAAGUCAAUCUCACAAAAGCAAAGAAGUAUUGGUUUAUUUGUAACAUAGAUGAGCAUUGUCUUGGGGGAAUGAGGUUUGUCAUUCAUGUGAGAAAAAAUACUGCUAGUACCACAAAUGGUACAUCCACUAUUCCACAAACAGAGCCAAGUACUCCUUAUUCCAGUGGAGGUUAUGCUUCUCCCUCCAAAGGAAUGGGUACUAUGAUUUGCCUUCUUGUAUAUGGAACUAUGCCCACUCUUUUUCUUCUUGCUUGUGGAGUGGGUUAAAAUUUAUUUAUUUUGCAAUGUAAUAUGAUUACCUUAUUUUCUUGGUCA